GCUGCUGCCGUGAGCAUUGGCAAACGCGUGAAUCGGACAAAAACGAAUCCAACGAAACCCAAACGCCGAAAAACACAAAUUGAAAUCUCCGCGCUGCUCUUCGGUACGUGUUAAGUUUUUUAAUUAGUAGAAUUUCAAGUGAAUUGGUGGCAAAAAGAGAAAAUAAUUCAAAAAGUCCACAAGCCAAGCUAAACACAAGUGUAGUGAGCAAAAGAGGUGAACAAAAACUGUGAAGCAAAAACAAACAAUACUAUACCGCAUACUAGAUUUCUGACUUCGCGCUCAAGACAGUUGCUGAAUCGCAAUUAAGUCGAAUGCAAAUGCAAAUCGACGGCGAAUGAAUUGACAAUGACAAAGAGUAUUAAACGUCCGCCGCCUUUUAGUUGUAACCGGGUCCUCCUUACCUAUGUGAUAUUAGCCUACACAGUAGCCGCCCACAGCUCGCCCCCGCCAUGUGGCCUCUACGGGGCGCCUCCUUGCCAAUUCCUGCCGGCGCCUCCUGGACAAACGCCUACCUGCGCCCGUCCAGGAAAAACCUACUGCGAGCACGCUGACAACUAUCCCACGUAUCUCAUCAAGAGCCUCGUUCGGAAGUGGGGCUAUGAGGCCGCCACUUUGCUGGUGGACGAAACCUGGGAGGACUUCGCGGCAGUGGCGUGGCACGACACCCCCGUCUUCUACGAUCCCAAGUCCAUCUUCCCGCCCCGCGACCCGAACGCCCAGGACUUCAAUGGCUACAGCUACCAGACUCCCUUCGGAGGCAAUCCCCAGCGAGCGAGUGGCGGAGGCAACUCCCUCUUCGCCAGCAAUCCCUCAACGGAAGCGCCAACGUAUCUCCUGUACACCUCCUCGGGAGGAGGUCAUCGCUCCGGCCAGCGGUACAACCAGCAGGGAGGCACUUCACCCGCCGGCGGUCAGCUGUUCUUCAACCAGGGAGGCAAGUCGACUCCCUACAAUGCCACGCUCUGGCUGAAGCGGUUGGUCAGGGAUCUCAGUCGGAAGCAGAGACAAGCCGAGGAGGAAGUGGAGGAGGAAGUGGUGGAGGAGGAGGAUGAGGAGGCGAAGGAGGAGGAGGAGGAGGAGGAGGACGAACCAUCGGAGGACCAUCCUCAAAGCAAGCGCGACGUCUCGCUCAACUUGGAUCUCUUGGAUAUCGUGGGCGUGGAUGCCCCCGAUCCGCAGAAGAAGCGCUCGAGGACAAAGCGCCAGAGUCCUGGGCGCUCGACCCUCUGCCAAACGACCUCGCAGUUCAUCACCCCGCAGGCGGCCCUAAACAGCCGUGGAAACUGGAUGUUCGUGGUCAACGAGCAGAACACCGCCCGCCAAAUGGUCAAGGCGGAACUGUGCGCCUCGAACACCUGCUCGAACCUGUGCGAAUUGCCCAACGGCUACAACUCGAGAUGCGAGCAGAAGUUUGUGCAAAAACGCUUAAUUGCGCUCCAGGGCAAUGGACAAAAUCUCUACACGGACACGUUCUGGUUUCCCAGUUGCUGCGUCUGCACGAUAGCCGCCAAUUAAGUGUGUCCGUGGCCGAAGGACGAGGACUAGGAGGAGGACGAGGACUAGGAGGAGGAGGACAGGACACCGCAUUCUCAGCGGCGAAUUUGGCAAUCCAUAUCGCAAUCCAUAUCCCACACACAAAGACACUCAAUAUCUCUCUCAUGUAGUUACACAAACACACAAUGUAGUUCUUAAAAUGUAAUUUAAAUUCGAAAACAUCGAGUGAGGCAUGCAAAAUUGGAUUUAUGCCCGCACAAUCCCUUUUUGUUCUGCAUAGUAGCAUUAGAGUUACCCUGUGAACGAUCUAAAGGAUAUCAAAUAAACAACGCUUCGAGGCAAUGCUUUUUCAA